AUGCUGACCUUUUCCAAGUCUUCGCUUACGCUCCUGCUCGCGGUUGCCACGGUCACGGACGUCUCGGCAGCGGCCAACCUCCGCCGUCUCGAAGGCACGACGAUCGCUACGAACAAACUCACGUACGCGUCGUACAAUGAGUAUGCAAAGGCGAUGCUCGAUGCCGUGAACCACCAGCGCGCGACGCAGGGGCUGCCGGCGCUCUGCCUCAACCAGAAGCUGCACGUGUCGUCCCAGCGGCACUCGAACGACAUGGCCACGCACGAUUUCAUGGACCACUUUGGCACGGACGGCUCGCGCAUGUCGCAGCGCAUCACGGACGCCGGGUACGAGUGGGAGUCUGUGGCCGAGAACGUGGCCGUGGGCCACGUUGACGUCGCUGACGUGAUGGUCGGGUGGAUCAACUCGCCCGAGCACUUGGAGAACAUCAUGGGCGACUACACGAUGUUUGGCUCGGCCUACGCGUUCAAUCUGGCCGGCAAGAACCAGCACUACUGGACGCAGAACUUUGGCACGGGGGAAACCGAAGCCUGCGAUCGCUCGAUGGACACUGCUUCGAUCCCGGCCGUGAAGCAGGAGGUGCAGACGACGAUGGAGGCGGUUCAGGCACCGGUGUCAGUGCAGGUCCCGGACGUCUACGCGCCAGCUCCAGUCCCGACUUUGGAAGUACCGGUCGUCGAGACGCCAGAGAUUGUCACGCCGGAGAUUGCCACGCCGGAGGUAAACGCACCUGUGGCGAACUCGCCGGUGGAACUUGCAGCGAAAAGCCCGAAAGCGAUCGACUGCGAGUCGACGUUUGACGUCUUUUCGCGCUAA